CCGCCCUCGUCGAAAUCGCGAAAUCCGCGUCCUACGUGCCCGCGAUGCUGUAGAUCCCGCGGAAGAUGCAUCACCGGGUACUCGAAAUUGCAAGUGCGCCUCGUUACACCUACGUCCAUAGGAUCUCUUUUGAAGACUCGAGCUAGCCGGCGGAAAACGUCCAGUGAAAGAUGUCAAAGGGGAGAGGAGGCCCCCGGUGCCCAGGGAACAAGGAGGAACCUGCCGUCUCGCCGGGACGAUCGCGAGCCACCGUCACGUAAAGAUGACCAAACGAUGCAGAGACCCACAGUGUCCGGCAAAUAAAAAUCGGUGCACGAGAGACAAGAGCCCCGCGAAGGAGCCGAAGAGACGGCAGGAUUGCCCCUGUUCCUCGCAGGGGGAACAUUGCACGAACGAGCCGAUCGGCAAUCCCAAGACUACGCGUCCUAAGAGAUCAAGGAAAGCCCUUUGCCAAAUUCCGGAAGCUAGACCCGCGAGCCUGACCUCCUGUCCCUGCGCGAAGACCUCCUCGAAGGCCCGGAAAAGGAAAGUCAAGCAAGCCGACCUCGAGAGGACGAUAACGAUUUGCACGAGCCAUAAGCAGAAGCGAUCGAAGAAGAGGGAAGAGCGCUGCAUCGUCGAGGAGAAGCCGAAGAAGGCGAAGGUCGGGCAGGGUCGAUGUUGCUGCCAGGGGAAUUCCCCGGUCUCCCCGUGUCCUUGCAGACCGACCAUGUCGACUUGCGAGACCCCGAAAACGAAGUCGAGGUCGAGGAGGUACAGAGGAGACGAGGCCUUGAAGAAGAAGCGGAAGGGUGAACGGCCGGCCAAGUCGAAGGGCAUCCUGUGGAAGCUGAGCUGCUGCAGGAAGGCUCCCAGGUCGAAGGAUAGCGAGGCUCCUUGUGGCCGGUACCUGUGCAGGUACAACCCCUGCCGGAAGGUCUGCGACGAGCCCGUACCUUGCGAAGACUGCUCCUACAACUGUCGUGACUUGGCCUCAGGGUGUGAAUGCACCUGCGGCGAUCGGCAGGUGAGGACCAAGCUGCCAAAGGAGUGCGCCAAACCGAAGGAAAAAAAGAAGCCGAAGGGCCCGAAGGAGGUGGCUUGUCCAGGAAAAUCGGAGAAGAAGGAGAGGGCCUCGAAGAAGCCGGACUCACCCCAGUGCACCUGCAGUCAACCUAAGGACAUCGACGUUUGCGGCGGGACCGAAGAGAGGACCGAGGGAGUAACGGGCGAGAACGUGAAGGGCGCCAUCUUGAAGGGACUGGUGAACGCGAAGAAGGAGCUGGAGAAACUCUUCACCACCGUUGCGACUCAACUUUUCCCUGGAAAGUGA